CAGAAAUGGCACCUCGUAAGGGCAAGGAGAAGAAGGAAGAACAGGUCAUCAGCUUGGGACCUCAGGUUGCUGAAGGAGAAAACGUGUUUGGGGUCUGUCAUAUCUUUGCAUCCUUCAAUGACACUUUUGUCCACGUGACUGAUCUCUCUGGCAAGGAAACCAUCUGCCGUGUCACUGGUGGCAUGAAGGUGAAGGCGGACAGAGAUGAGUCUUCUCCCUACGCGGCUAUGCUGGCGGCCCAGGAUGUUGCCCAGAGGUGCAAGGAGCUGGGCAUCACUGCCCUGCACAUCAAGCUGCGUGCCACCGGUGGAAAUAGGACCAAGACUCCUGGACCUGGUGCCCAGUCAGCCCUGAGAGCUCUGGCCCGGUCUGGAAUGAAGAUCGGUCGCAUUGAGGAUGUCACCCCCAUCCCCUCUGACAGCACUCGCAGAAAGGGUGGUCGCCGUGGGCGUCGUCUGUGAACAAUGCUGCACCGUUCGUUAUUAAAGCUCUCUUUUAAACCUC